AGGAUCUCCGAGCUAUGAAACACGGGUUCGAAUCCCUCCUCCGUCAUUUCCGACAUUGGUGCGAUUUUGAGAACCACUUUCUGCACCCUGGGGCUCCUAAUGUAUCCUAAAGUGCCCAGGAGUCCACUCAGGUUACCAGUUCAGGACAGUAGGAACUGGGAAGAAGGCUGCUGGUUGAAGAGGCUUUCACACAGCUUGGAGAUCCCAGUCGUGUGCUCUGGAGCCUCUGCCUCAGAGGCCCCUGCUGGACCCUUGGCUCCUCCUCCGACUUCUGUGCCUGCUACAGGCCUCCUUGCUGGAUUCAGGAUCUUGGUUGUAAGAGGUCUGUCAUGUGGGCACCCGGGCCGCGCACGCUGCAGCUGCUGCUGCUGCUGCUGGGCGCGGCGUGGGCGUGGGCGGGCGCCCCGCGCUGCACCUACACCUUCGUGCUGCCGCAGCAGAAGUUCACGGGCGCGGUGUGCUGGAGAGGGCCAGCGCCUGCGCGCCCCGCGCGGGAGGCGGUGAACGCCAGCGAGGUGGCGGCUCUGCGCAUGCGUGCGGGGGCGGGCCCGAGGGCGGAGCCUGCUGCCGCGCUGGCUCUGCUCGGCGAGCGCGUGCUCAACGCGUCGGCCGAGGCGCGGCGAGCAGCCGCCCGCUUUCAUCAGCUGGACGUCAAGUUCCGCGAGCUGGCCCAGCUGGUCAGCCAGCAGAGCAGCCUUAUUGCCCGCCUGGAGCGCCUGUGUCCCGGGGGCGCGGGCGGGCAGCAGCAGGUCCUGCCACCACCCCUGGUGCCUGUGGUUCCGGUCAGUCUGGUGGGUGGCACCAAUGACACAGCCCCAGAGUCCCAGAGAGACCAGACCCUAAGACAGCAGGGGCCCUUGGCCUUUGCCAUGACCGCAGGGCACCCUGCUGUCCCCACCAAACCAGCUGGCCCAUGGCAAGAUUGUGCAGAGGCAUACCGGGCAGGCCACAGGCAGAGUGGAGUGUAUGAGCUGCGACUACGCCGGCAUGUGAUAUCAGCAUGGUGUGAGCAACAGCUGGAGGGUGGAGGCUGGACUGUGAUCCAGAGGCGGCAAGAUGGCUCAGUCAACUUUUUCACUAACUGGCAGCACUAUAGGGCGGGCUUCGGGCAGCCUGAUGGAGAAUACUGGCUGGGACUUGAACCUGUGCAUCAGCUGACCAGCCGUGGGGACCAUGAGCUACUGGUGCUCUUGGAGGAUUGGGGGGGGCGUGGUGCACGUGCCCAUUAUGAUGGUUUCUCCCUGGAGCCUGAGAGUGACCACUACCGCCUACGGCUUGGCCAGUACCAUGGAGAUGCGGGAGACUCUCUUUCCUGGCACAAUGACAAGCCUUUCAGCACUGUGGAUAGGGACCGAGACUCCUAUUCUGGUAACUGUGCCCUGUACCAUCGGGGAGGCUGGUGGUACCAUGCCUGUGCACACUCCAAUCUCAAUGGUGUGUGGCACCACGGUGGCCACUACCGCAACCGCUACCAGGACGGCAUCUACUGGGCUGAGUUUCGUGGUGGGGCUUACUCUCUCAAGAAGGCUGCCAUGCUGAUCCGGCCCCUGAGGCUGUGACCAUCUGUUCAUCUGUCCCCCAGGUCUCAGGGGAUGUUUGUCAGCAGGAGCCCAAGUUGUCCUGGCCACACAUCCUUUGAGGUUCAGUAUGAGCCAUGUCCCAAAAUCCUUCCCACUGUGGAUCUGCUCCCUAGGACCCUGAAAAUAGGACCCAGGAAUUCCCCUGCCAACAUCUCCAAACCAGAUGGCUCCCCAAGGGCACUUAGAUCUCAGUUUGAGCUCAUAUUUUAUAACAACACAAAAUAUCUACAGA